GUGAAUUUCUCUCACCAAGACACACUCCUUCUCAAGGUCUCCUGGUGAAUUGUUUCUCUAUCCCUCUCUCCCCCAUGUGGUAAGGUUUAGGUUCGGUGGUGGUUGCGUCCAUGGAGAGGAAGGAGGAAACGAGUACUUCAUGGAGACAGUUGAAAGCUAUGCUUCGGAAGAACUGGCUUCUCAAAAUUCGUCACCCUUUUGUUACAUGCGCCGAGAUUUUUCUUCCAACAGUUGUAAUGCUUCUGCUAAUAGCGGUGAGGACGCGAGUUGAUACAAAAAUUCACCCAUCUCAGCCGUAUAUACGAAAAGAUAUGUUUGUGCAAGUGGGAAAGGAUGGUACGUCCCCUCCAUUCAAUCAAGUUUUGGAAUCUUUAUUGGCCAAGGGCGAGUUUCUGGCCUUUGCACCGGAUACAAGCGAGACAAGGAUGAUGAUCAAUAUUUUAUCUCUUAAAUUUCCUCUAUUGAAGAGGCACAUUAAGGAUAUUGAACCAACUUUUGCGCUAAUAGUUUUAGCUUUGAUAGCAUUUUCUAAUCUUUGGUCUUUCUACAUCAACUGUAAGAAGGCUCUGGCUUCUUAUGUGUUUCUUGGAGCUCUGUUUCUUCCUGCCCUCAUUCUUCUAGUUAACCUAAGAGACCCAUGGUCCUCUGCUAUGCAUUUUAUUGUACUUCCAAUUAAGUUUCUUGCAAAUUUUCAAUGCUUGUAUAAGUUGGUUACGAGAGUUUACAAAGAUGAAUCCGAGCUUGAGACCUACAUACGCUCAGAUCUUUAUGGAUCUUGCGAUCAAGUCAACCACUGUAUGGCUAUUGGGUUGCUGGUUUUUGGCACCUGGGGUUGUUUUAGCCACUGUUUGGCUACUCGGUUCCUCCUAAGAAACCAAGCUGGCAGAUUCAUCAAGCAAUACUCUGGAAAUUUCACUCCACAACAAUUGAGUGGCAUAAAUUCUAUCGAGUGGUUGCCAAAGUUGGGAUCCGUUGCCACAAAUAAUAGCCAAGAACAAGAGAAAAACGGUUAA